UAAAAGUCCGUGAAAUAUGGGGUUUCGUCACAUGCUGAAAAUGGCCUUAACUGUGUCAUUGCGUCGCGUAUUGCUCAUGCUGCUGACGGCAACGGUAUUCAUACUAAUGGUUUUAUAUUGGAAUCAAGAUGGCAUAAAACCGCAAGCCUUCAUAGUGGAGAAGUCGAUGAAACGCCGAGCUGAUGUUAACAAGCGACCGCCAAUUCCUGACGAAAAGCUCUGGACAUACAAGUGUGAGAACGAGCGUUGCGUACGACAUUCGUAUCCCACCAAAGAUGGUGGUGGCGUUUCCACCGAUCGUCGCAUACCCUUCAUGACGUGUGCCAUGACUUGCGGCGAAGUCAAUAUUUGGCCGCAUCCAACUAUAAAAACUGCCAUUAGUUCAGUGUCAUUGAAAUUCACCAUGGAAGAUGUGCAACUGCGCAUGGAUACACCGCACAGCGUUGUCGAAACGCAAUUUAAGCAAGCGUUUGCUUAUUUCCUAAGCGAUCUGCGUCGCAUACAACGACUACCCGGUGCAGAUGAAAGCUCAGAUGGCGCGGGCGGCGGCGGCGGCGGUGGUGGCGGUACUGGUGGCCGGGAUUCGGCUACUGAUGCUAAUACUGGCGUGCGAUCUCAAAGUCCGGAGAGACCACAACAGCAGCAACGUCAUAAACGUGCGCGGCGAGACAUAGUUGAUGAUGUUGCUGUCGGUGGUGGCAGUGAGCAGCUGGCGGCAGUCGCAUUCCAUCAUCAGCGCGCGAGGCGACAUGUCGAUAUUGGUCGUUCGUUGGGCAAUAGUUUGGGUGAAAAUAUGGCACCAGCGGCGAUUUUGAGUAAUGUUUUCAACACCCGUCGCCACUGUGACAUUGAUACGCUGCUGGUGCAGGUGGAAGUGCAUAAAUCUGGCGAAAUAAAUCUAAGCUUGGACACCGAUGAGAGUUAUAAGCUUUCCGUUGCACAUGAGCGUCGCACCAUUAACGUCCACAUCACAGCAAACUCAUUCUUUGGCGCCCGACACGCCUUAUCCACGCUACAGCAAUUGAUUUGGUACGACGACGAAGACAAUCUUUUACGCAUACUAUCAAAGGCUAUUAUUAUUGACACACCAAGAUUUCGCUAUCGCGGCCUUAUGUUGGAUACUUCACGGCACUAUUUCUCAGUUGAGGCCAUUAAACGUACCAUCGUCGGCAUGUCACAUGCGAAACUUAAUCGCUUUCAUUGGCACAUAACCGAUACGCAAAGUUUUCCUUAUGUGUCCAAAUAUUUCCCAGAGAUGGCGGCUCAUGGCGCCUACUCCGAGCAUGAAACCUACACACCUGAGGAUGUGCGCGAUGUGGCGGCAUUUGCCCGACUACAUGGCGUACAGGUGUUGCCUGAAAUCGAUGCGCCUGCGCACGCUGGUAACGGUUGGGAAUGGGGACCGAAACGUGGCCUCGGCGAACUGAGUUUAUGUAUAAAUCAACAGCCUUGGAGUUUCUAUUGUGGUGAACCGCCUUGUGGGCAACUGAAUCCUAAAAAUAAUAACACCUACCUGGUACUGCAGCGCCUCUAUGAGGAGCUAUUGAAUGCUACCGGUCCGACAGAUUAUUUUCACCUUGGCGGCGAUGAGGUGAAUCUAGAGUGCUGGGGACAGUACUUCAAUGACACAGAUUUGCGUGGUUUGUGGUGUGAUUUUAUGCUCAAUGCGUUGGCACGACUGAAAAUAGCCAACAACAAUGUAGAACCACGCGUAGUGAGUGUUUGGUCCAGUGGUCUGACGAACACAAAAUGUCUUCCAAACAGCCGAUUCGCUGUGCAAGUAUGGGGCGGUAGUACGUGGCAGGAGAACUAUGAUCUCAUUGAUAACGGUUUCAAUGUGAUCUUCUCACACGUCGACGCCUGGUACCUAGACUGUGGUUUUGGUAAUUGGCGUUCAACAGGAGAGGGUGCCUGUUCGCCUUAUCGCACUUGGCAGAAUGUCUACAAACACAGACCAUGGGAGCGUAUGCGACUUAAUAAAGCGCAGCGUAAACAGGUAUUGGGCGGCGAAGCUUGUAUGUGGACAGAGCAAACCGAUGAGUAUCAAUUGGAUAAUCGAUUAUGGCCACGUGCUGCUGCGCUAGGCGAAAGAUUAUGGAGUGAUCUUGACGAUGAUCGGGAAUUCGAUGUGGUGCCACAGGACGUUUUCAAGCGUAUGUCCGUAUUUCGUAAUCGACUCGUAGAAUUGGGCUUGGAAGCAGAACCAAUAUUCCCGAAAUUCUGUGCACAGCAUCCGGGCGAAUGUAUUUGAUACUAUUUCUAAUCGCUGAAACAGUCUGCAUUUGUACAUAGUAUGUACACGAGUAUGCGCAAGAAAUUUAGAAAUUCUGAUAACUCAGUUUGGAACGAUUUGUGCCUAAACAGUGAGAAAGUUCAUGUUCAUGCCGGAGUUGUCUGAAUUUUAUUUUGUUAAAGUUAUUUGAGGAUUUUUUUUUUUUAUAUUGCUAGGUUAAGAAAAUUAGACAUGUAUACGUAAAAGAUUUGCUGAAUUGUGCCAAGCUAAAUAGUGAACGAGGUUAAAAAAGCAUAAAAGUACAGCAUGUAAAAAUGGCACGAAGCGGCAAUCUAAUUUAUAUUCGAAUAUGUUUAUUUUUUAAAUUUUACUAGUGCAAUUGUUUUUAUUUAACGUACAUAUAUUUUAAAUUCAACUAAUUUUGCACAUACAAACAAAUGUGUAUGAUUUUUUUUGAUAUUAUGUUUUGCGCAAGUCAUUUGUAUAUACAUACCUAUAUUUACGCACACUCAAUAAUAUACGUAUGUUUGCUUCAUAAAUGUAGAUUACCGAGAACAAGUUAGUUAAAUUAUAUUUUUAUUUGUAAAUAACUGGAAGACAGAAAGAACACCGAUAUGCAUGUCCUUUUGAAGAAAUUCCUAGUGAGUUUUCGUAUAUCGUUGAUAUUUUCAAUUAUCAUUUGUUUGCGUUUGUAUGCGCGAUGAUUGUGAUAUCAUUUCAUUGUGCAUGAGAAAGAAAGCUAUAGGCUGCAAUACAAUGUCGAGCGUGUUGGAACGUUUUUGCGCACAUGCGUGCCCCCGAACGUGAAGGCAAAUAAUGGAACACCAACAACUCAUGCGCUCAAAGCCAAAGACACAGAAAAUGUAUUGCGUUUGUUUUAAUUCUAAUAAAAUUAUUGGCUUUGGCACGAACAAAAUUUGCAGAAUAGUGAAACAUAAUUUUAAAGAUUUAAUAGAAAAUAUACAUUAGCAUAAAUUGAAAGGGAAAGCUACUAGUUUUAAGUGAUUUUUAGUGAUACAAUGUGACCUUAUUUGAUAAUGAGAAUGUAAAACAAAAACAUGAAAAAAAAAUCUUAUAAAGCAUUAAACUGGCGGUUUUCGUAUAAAUUAACUAAAUUAAUGUUAUGAAACCUACUUAAGCUAGUUGUAAUUAAGUUUGGAGCAGUUAAUUUAAAAUAUUUUUUUUUUAUUAGUUUUUAACUAAAAGCUCUCUGCAAGCUAUUAAAAAUAUUGCUGUUUUACUACCUAUUUACUUCAUAGUUAAAGUCGUUAUACAUAUACAUACAUACAUACUUACCAAUUGUCUCUUUGUGAAGCUUCUUUUAUAUUUCAUACCUUUUGGUUUUGAAUUUUAUACUCGAUAUUUAUAAACUAUGCCGGCCAAUGCAUUAACUAAACAAACAAAAGAUUUGCUAAAUAUUUUACUCUUCCAUUGACGCGCUCUUUUGAAUCUCUCUUUCAUGCAAAUGUGUUGCACUUUGCUCUCUACACAUACAAACUUACAUUGCUUGUACACAUUUAUACAUAUGCAAAUGUAAAAAUUGAGCAUUUAAUUUAUAAUGUGUUUGUCUGUAUGCCUGUUAAUUAUACAUAUAUCUCUGGGUCUGUAUGCAUGCAGGUUUCGGUAUACAUAUGGAUAAAUACCUACAUGUAUACCAUAAAUAAAAUAGAACAAUAUUCAUUUUAAAAUCAUUUACGUGACUAUACAUUAAUUGCUAAAUAAAUUAGGUACGCUCUCUGUAGCCAUAUGCAUAAUGAACAUUAAAAUUAAUUUAAAAUAUAUAUCAAAAAGUAAGGGCAAAAAUUUACCUACACAAAAUGUUACAAGAUUUGACAUACAAAAAAUUAUACAUACAUACAUACCUACAUAUAAAAUAAAUAACUUUAAGUACUGAGAAUCGCGUAUACAAAUUAACUCAUGUAAAGUUAGUACGUAUUAAGAUUUAUGUGAAUCGUAUAAUCUUAGGCAGUCAUAAUAUUUAUAGUAAUACAUAAUGUUUUCUUUUUUAAAAAUGAUAUUGUAACGGUAGAAGAUUAAUAAAGUACUUAUUGAAAAUAAUGAAAAUAA